AGCGUUUUUUAGCGUCACCACAUCAGAUACCAACCUAACCACAUCUCUGGGUUUCGGAACACAUUCUGAAUUUGACAUCUCCGAGGAAGAAGAAGAGUUUGACACAACUUAACCUUCAGACAACUACUAAAAUAAGCGGUUAUCAACAAAUUAGUUAAAUAAUAGUAUGGAGACGUCAGUAGUGAAUGGCAACAAAGAAAACAAUAUUUCAGAUAUGAGAAGGACUCCCCAGCAACGGAAAAUAUCCUACAGAAAUUUGUUGAAUAGAGUAGAAGGAUUGCAGGAAACUGAAGAUGUAGGCCUCAACACAGUCAAAGAUAUCGGGGAGGUUCUACGGGAAGUCAACAAUCUUGAUAAUGAAUGGAAAAUAGACGAGCGUGUGGAGCAUGCAGAUGAAACCCUGUUAGACUGUAUGGUUCUUUCGUCGGCCAGUAACAUACUGAAAAAGUGUAUAGAAGCCGUUGACGUGUUUACAUCAACAUACGAACAGAGUGAGUUCUCCAACAAAAUAAUUAAUAGCAUAAAGGAUGAUAAGAACGAAGAACUGGAACCCAAUGACUUAUUAAAUCUCCUAGAGGAUGCCCGUAGUAUAAUUCCAGAUAUACCCAAAUAUCGCUAUGUGUAUGGUGCAUACGAUUUGAAUAAUCUUCCUCAACCAAAGCCUAAGAAAGAACGGCAGAAAGUCGUGAAGGAAAAGCUACAGAGGAAGGAACCAGAGAAAGUCACCAGUGUUGAUAAAGACGAGGAAGGUAUCGAAGAGAUUGUGAAAGUACUGCACGACGUGUUGAAGGAAAAAUAUGUCCAAAACAACGAGGAACCAAUCAAGUAUUAUGACUAUAUUAUCGACACUGAUGACUUUGCCAGCACUGUGGAGAAUAUGUUUUAUUUUGCGUUUUUGAUCAGGGAUGGAAGAGCAUCUAUUGAUUUGAGUUUUGGGUUUCCAGAUAGCAGAGGAGAACCAAUUAUCAAACCUGCAAGGAAGAAGGCUUUAAAAGAUUUCAGAGACGGAGGAGGAGUGAAUGCCCAAAUUAUAAGCACGAUUAGCUAUGAACACUGGCAGAAAUUCAAGAAAGCAGGUUAUCUGCAGCAGCACAGAAAAGAACAAUCGGCCCAGUGACAGAGUAAAGGCGUUAUUGCCUUGAGAAGAUUUCUAUUUUUUGUUAUAUGCAGUUGUCUUUUGUAAUCGAGUAACUAAAUACUUUAGUAUAUUAUAUAUUCUGUAUUUU